AAGGCGUUUCACUGUACUUGUGCACAUGACAUGAAUUUAAUUUGAUGUGCAUCUCGUGGCUGGAACAGUUAUUCUCUAGGAGUGAUCAUUUGAAACCGGGCUCAAUUUGGCGAGUUGAAAGACAAUUCUUUCAGGGUUACAAACCAAUAUCUAUCUAUCUUUUCGAUAUGCAGAAGUUUCGUUUAUUCUGCCUGUUCUUUCGAUUUUUCUAAAUGUAUUAACAAUUCCACAUUGAACACUGCAUGGGGAUGGAUUACGGCCACGACAUCUGUUUGUCGCGGUGGUGAGGCGUAGCCAUGGACACCACCACCUCUCUGAAGAUGACCACUCUGGCCAUCCAGAGCCUGUUCAGCUACGUGGAGGAGGACAACGUUCCGGCCAUCAAAGCCCACCUGGACAAGUUCAAGGAGGUGGACAGCAGGAGCGAGAAUGGUCAGACUUCCCUGAUGGUGGCAUCAGAGCAGGGCAGCGUAGAGAUGGUUCAGGAGCUCAUCAGGAGGGGAGCCAACGUCAACCUGGACGAUGUGGACUGCUGGACGGCACUGAUCUCAGCGGCUAAGGAGGGCCAUGUGGAGGUGGUGAAGGAGUUGCUGGCCAACAAUGCCAGCCUGGAGCACCGGGACAUGGGGGGAUGGAGCGCCCUCAUGUGGGCUUCCUAUAAGGGUCGUGUGGAGGUUGCCCAGCUACUUCUGGAGAAAGGAGCUAGCCCCAACAUCACUGGCCAGUACAGCGUCUACCCCAUUAUCUGGGCGGCUGGACGAGGUCAUGCUGAUAUAGUCCAUCUCCUGAUUCACCACGGAGCUAAAGUCAACUGCUCUGACAAGUAUGGCACUACCCCGUUGAUCUGGGCGGCCAGGAAGGGUCACUAUGACAGUGUGAUACACUUGCUGGUCAAUGGGGCCGAUGUGGACCAGGAGGGAGCGAAUUCCAUGACAGCUCUGAUCGUGGCGGUGAGGGGUGGUUUCAAUGAGGUGGUGAAGGAGAUUUUGAAGAGGAACCCCAACGUCAACAUGACAGACAAGGACGGCAACACAGCCCUGAUGAUCGCUGCCAAGGAGGGCUACACUGAGAUAGUCCAGGACCUGUUGGACGCUGGCACCUACGUCAACAUACCAGCCAGGAGUGGGGAGACGGUGCUGAUCGGAGCAGUGAGAGGAGGCCAUGUGGAGAUCGUCAGAGCCCUUCUGAACAAAUAUGCCGACAUUGACGUCAGGGGACAGGAUAGUAAGACUGCCCUCUACUGGGCAGUGGAGAAAGGGAACACCACCAUGGUGAGAGACAUCCUCCAAUGCAACCCGGACACUGAGAGCUGCACCAAGGAUGCAGAGACCCCUUUGAUCAAAGCCACCAAGAUGAGGAACAUUGAGAUAGUGGAGCUGCUCCUGGACAGAGGGGCCAAAGUGGCUGCUGUGGACAAGAAAGGCGACACGGCCCUUCACAUUGCCAUCAGAGGGCGGAGCCGCAAGCUUGCUGAGCUCCUCCUGAGGAACCCUAAAGAUGGCCGCCUGCUCUACCGCCCCAAUAAGGCCGGCGAGACGCCCUACAACAUCGACUGCACCCACCAGAAGAGCAUCCUCACUCAGAUCUUUGGAGCCAAGCACCUGUCUCCCUCCGAGUCUGACGGUGACAUGCUGGGGUAUGACCUGUACAGCAGUGCCCUGGCAGACAUCCUCAGUGAGCCCACCAUGCAGCCGCCCAUCUGUGUGGGCCUGUACGCCCAGUGGGGCAGCGGCAAGUCCUUCCUGCUCAAGAAACUGGAGGAUGAGAUGAAGACAUUUGCAGGCCAGCAGAUUGAGCCUCUGUUCCAGUUCUCGUGGCUGGUGGUGUUCCUGUCCCUGCUGCUGUGUGGUUCUGUAGCUCUGGUCCUGGGCUUCACCGUCGACCCCCGCCUGGCCAUCGCCGUCUCCCUCAGCCUCCUCACCCUGCUCUACAUCUUCUUUGUGUUGGUAUACUUCGGGGGUCGUCGUGAGGGGGAGAACUGGAACUGGGCGUGGGUCCUCAGCACCCAUCUGGCCCGCCAGGUGGGCUACCUGGAGCUGCUGCUCAAACUUAUGUUUGUCAACCCCCCCGAGCUGCCAGAGCAGACCACCCGCGCCCUGCCUGUCAGGUUCUUGUUCACAGACUACAAUCGUCUGUCCAGUGUGGGAGGGGAGACCAGCCUGGCAGAGAUGAUAGCCACCCUGUCUGACGCCUGUGAGAGGGAGUUUGGCUUCAUGGCCACCCGCCUCUUCAGGGUGUUCAAGAACGAGGAGAACCAAGGUAAGAAGUGGAAGAAGACGUGCUGCGUGCCCAGCUUCAUGCUGUUCGUCGUGACUCUGGGCUGCCUGAUCACGGCCAUGGCGCUGCUGGCCAUCUUUAAGGUGCAGCGUGAGAACCUCACAGUGAACGCUGUGCUGAUCGCCAUGGCCAGCGUGGUGGGCCUGGCCCUCCUGUUGAACUGUAGGACCUGGUGGCAGGUGGCCGACUCCGUCCUCAACUCCCAGAGGAAGAGACUGCACAGUGCCGCCAACAAGAUGCACAAGCUCAAGAGCGAGGGCUUCAUGAAGGUGUUGAAGCAUGAGGUGGAGCUGAUGUCCAAGAUGGCCAAGACCAUCGAUGGCUUCACCCAGAACCAGACCCGCAUGGCGGUCAUCAUUGACGGCCUGGAUGCCUGCGAACAGGACAGAGUGCUGCAGAUGCUCGACACGGUGAGGGUGCUGUUCUCCAAAGGCCCCUUCAUCUCCAUCUUUGCCAGCGACCCCCACAUCAUCAUCAAGGCCAUCAACCAGAACCUGAACAGCGUGCUCAGGGACUCGAACAUCAACGGCCACGACUACAUGAGGAACAUCGUCCACCUGCCUGUUUUCCUCAACAGCCGUGGGCUAAGCACAACCAGGAAGCUGUGCACCCACAACGGAGACCUGGCCAACCCUGAGGGAUGGCAUGAGGAGAUGGACAGGAAGCUGUCCUCAAACAGUCUGGGGGAUCAGACCAAGUUUGGCAGCAAGACGGCCCUCAACCGCAGGGACACGUACCGCAGGAGGCAGAUUCAGAGGACUGUUACCAGACAGAUGUCCUUUGACCUGACCAAGCUGUUGGUCACUGAGGACUGGUUCAGUGAUAUCAGCCCCCAGACCAUGAGGAGGCUGCUCAACAUCGUCUCUGUCACAGGACGUCUGCUGAGGGCCAAUCAGAUCAUCUUUAACUGGGACCGUCUGGCGUCGUGGAUCAACCUGACGGAGGAGUGGCCCUACAGGACCUCCUGGCUCAUCCUCUUCCUGGAGGAGACCGACGGCAUCUCAGACCAGAUCACCCUGAAGACCAUCUACGAGAGAAUCUCCAAAAACAUCCCCACCACCAAAGACGUAGAGCCCCUGCUGGAGAUCGACGGGGACAUCCGUAGCUUCGAGGUUUUUCUGUCCUCUAGGACUCCCGUCCUCACGGCACGCGACGUGGAGAUGUUCCUCCCCUGCACUGUCAACCUGGACCCCAAACUCCGGGAGAUCAUCGCAGAUGUCCGUGCUGCCAGGGAGCAGAUGCACAUUGGAGGAGUGACCUAUCCCACGCUGCCCCUACAGGACGUCCCAGCCCGCGCCGCCUCUGCCUUCGGCCAGCACUCGGCUGCCUGCUCCCCCACGGGCUCCUUCUCUGGCUCCCUGCUCCCCCCAGGGCUAGUGCCCCCCCAGCCCCACGGCAGUUACUACAGCAUGCCUGCCCCCCAGCACCCCUUCUACACCCGGCCUUAUUUCCCCCAUCAUGUGUAUCACCUGCCCCGGCAUCAAUACAGCUCCCAUCCUCACCCUGCCCCGACUCAGUCACGCCCCUCCAUUAAAGCAGGCUACCCCAGGGACCCCAAUGGACUUGAUGUAAUUGCUGAGGAUGCCAGAGAGGGCCUCCCCACCCCCACUACCAAUUACCUCCCUAUGGUUUCUGGCUCUGGGGUACCAGGCGCCCCUGUGAUACUCCUCAGCUCUCUUAACACGGACGCGGUGUGUGAGCGCGUCAAACACAUCGACGGCAUGGACCCUAGCAUGCUGGGCCAGUACACCGCCACCAUCAAGAAGGCCAAUGUGAAUGGCCGGGUGCUGUCUCAAUGCAACCUGGAAGAGCUGAAAAAAGAGAUGAACAUGAACUUUGGCGACUGGCAACUCUUCAGAGGCAUGGUGAUGGAGCAGCGUCACGGGGAGAGCCAGGCCCUGCAGGAGGAGUCUCGUGCGGCCAGCGAGCAGGGCAGCAGCGUGGUCAACGUGGAGACGGCCAGGCACCAGGGAGCUCCCCAUGAGGUGGGCAGCUACAGCUUGAACCUCAGCUUCGAGGAGCUCAGUAACGUAGGCCUGGGUCUGGAGGAGCCCCCGAGACCCACUCAGCACUGGCCCGUGGCGGCCACCCACCGCACCCCCAGCAUGUCCAGCCUCAACUCCCAGGAGUCAUCCAACGACAUCUGCAAGCUGACGGACAAGCAGCAGGCAGAGUAUCGCGACGCCUACCGCGAGUACAUCACCCAGAUGACCCAGCUGGACGUGGCCGGAAGCGGGGGAGAGAAGCCCGUCCAGCCCCACCCGGGCCAGUUCCUCCAGAGCCGAGAGGUCAGAGACCCAGAGGAAAAGGCCAAAGACGGGACCGAGCAGGAGGGCCGCAAGCCCUCUUUCCCCACCAAGAGAGGGGCUAAAGCUAUGGAUGCGGUCGAUACAGAUGCCCCCCUGGACCCCAUCAGCGAAGAGGACGAGAAGCUGUAUUCCAGCGCCUCCAAAGCAGGGGGCUCCAAGGUGAAGGGAGCAGGGCCUCGAUACCACAAUGUCCCCAGUGAUGAGGAGUCAGGGACGGAGGAAUCAGACAACACCCCUCUGCUCCAGGAAGAAGGGAAGGAGGGGGGCGCCCAAGCGACAUCCGACAUAGCCCUGGACAAGAAGGACUCGUCCGACUCGGGGUUGAGGUCUGGCGAGAGCUCCUCGGACCACUCCCUAGUGGAAGCCGAAGAGGUUAAUAAACCCAACCUGAUAGAGCUGGAGCUAGAAGGUCUGGUAAAGGAGAGGGGCCUGCUGCCCAGCAGUCUGAGUGGCCUCCACGAUUCCACCAUCGCCCGCAUGUCCAUCUGCUCCGAGGCUCCGUCCGAGGGCAGCCUGAUGGCCUCCAGCCCCGACGAAACCUGGUUCCCCGCCAGCUUGUCCAUGAGCAACCUCAACCGCGCCUCCAGCACCACCACGCUCAACAACAACAGUAGCAACAACGCUGCCACCACCAACACCAGCCAAGACAACCAAGACACAGAGAGCUCCACCCCACGCUCCAGCACUGACUCCACCACUGGGCCUGUCCAUAACCAGAACCUGCGUGGGAUCAUCCUCAAGAGGGCACUGAGCACCGGGGAGGCCCUUGAGGGCCACACAGGGGCCCCUGAUGCCAUUAUCCUGGAGGACGAGAGAGAGAGUGUCCUGUGAGGGGCCCAGGCCUUUUUUGAGGUCCCUUAGACGUUGCUUGAUGUUUGAUGUUGUGAUGUGCUACAAAAAAAUAAAGGCCUAUUCAUCUGUAAUUUAGUUUUUAAAAGACUGAAGGUUGUUACACAAUUUGAGAGAAAAUGUUACAGCAUUCACCCAGAGUUGAUAUGCAGAUCAGUAAGCAUCGAUUAAAACGAAGGGGAUCACAUUUUUGCCAAUCAUAAAAAUAUUAAAUAAAUUGGGUUGAAGAAAUGAAUGUCCUGGCUUGUAGACAAACCAAAAAUACAUCAAGAACUCAGGAUACAUUUUGUGAAAUAAUUUGAAAGUUCAUGACGUCAUACUAAUAUGGAAUCAAAGUCCAAUUGAAAUGGCCCUGUAGUUCAAUCAGGUGUUGUGCUGUCAUGUUCACGUUUGCUGUUGGAAAAUGGUAGUGAGUUGUGAUGUGAUUGUUUGUGUGUCCGUAUGAAUGUUGUGUUUUGGUGUAGUGAUGGUGACAGUACAGUAGUGGUGUAUGUUGGUGCAAUUUUGUAUACUGUACUUUGUUAUAGGUUACUGAAAAAUCUUAAUUGGCUUUGUGCUUAACUAGAAUUGAGGAAAACUUAGUUAUCAAGUAGGCUACCAGUGAAAAUGUGCCAUGUUCAAACAUGAGUUAUUUGGUGUAGUAUUGCUGUGAAUUUGUAUUGUGACACCUUUUUUCCAUAUUUGUGAUGGAAAGGUCUAUUUGCCCAAGAAUCUGUUUUGUGCUGUAAUUAAAGAUUUAAAAUCUA